AUGUACGCGGAGGGUCGGAACAUCGUCAUUCUCCUCGACAACGCAAGCUCCCACGUCCUCAAGACCGAAGGAGCGACUUCCGAAGACCUUUUCGGCUUUCGGACGCUCUCGCUUGGCAACAUUCGACUGGUGUUCCCCCCGCCGAACACCACGUGCUUCACCCAGCCCCUUGACCAGGGGCUCAUCGCCACCACCAAGGCGAGUCGCAAGAGGAGAUGGGAGGGGCAGAAGAAGAAGAAGAAGAAGAAGAAGAAGAAGAAGAAGAAGAAGAAGAAGAAGAAGAAGAAGAAGAAGAAGAAGAAGAAGAAGAAGAAGAAGAAGAAGAAGAAGAAGAAGAAGAAGAAGAAGAAGAAGAAGAAGAAGAAGAAGAAGAAGAAGAAGAAGAAGAAGAAGAAGAAGAAGAAGAAGAAGAAGAAGAAGAAGAAGAAGAAGAAGAAGAAGAAGAAGAAGAAGAAGAAGAAGAAGAAGAAGAAGAAGAAGAAGAAGAAGAAGAAGAAGAAGAAGAAGAAGAAGAAGAAGAAGAAGAAGAAGAAGAAGAAGAAGAAGAAGAAGAAGAAGAAGAAGAAGAAGAAGAAGAAGAAGAAGAAGAAGAAGAAGAAGAAGAAGAAGAAGAAGAAGAAGAAGAAGAAGAAGAAGAAGAAGAAGAAGAAGAAGAAGAAGAAGAAGAAGAAGAAGAAGAAGAAGAAGAAGAAGAAGAAGAAGAAGAAGAAGAAGAAGAAGAAGAAGAAGAAGAAGAAGAAGAAGAAGAAGAAGAAAUGUGAUGGACAGAUGAGGGGAGGGGAACACGAAGGGUGUAGAGGCGAGUAA